AUGGGAAACAGUGUCGCUAUGGAAGCAGAUGACCGGAAAGGAGCUUUCUACAAGGAUACCAACAUACAAAGCAGCGGCGGCUCUGUUCAUCUUGGGAACAGUUACGAGAACAUGAACAACCAGUACGGGAACAACCAGUACGGGAACAAUCAUUACGGGAACAACCAAUACGGGGACAACAAGAACCAUUACGGGGAUAUCAACAACCAUUACGGGGACAACAAGAACCAUUACGGCGACAACAAGAACCAUUACGGGGACAACAAGAACCAUUACGGGGACAACAAGAACCAUUACGGGGACAACCAUUACUCGAACACCUAUUAUGCGAGUCCAGGUCCAAGUCAACCAGAAAUCUCACAGAGGACAGGCAACGGUUCGCGUCGCCUUUCUUAUCAGCAAGCUAGGCCGGAAGCCCAACAAGCGCAGCAACCGUCUGCGGCCCGCGGGGCCAAGCGUGGGCCGUCUAAGCCAGAGGAACAUCGUGUGGUAGAAGUUAAGAUAUUCGGCCCAGCGGGGUAUAUUGUGCGCUUUAACAAGCAGUCAAAAAUUCGAGCUGUUUUAGAACCUGAAAAGAUCAAGCUAUACAAUAUGCCAAGGACGGAUCUGCAAGCACUGGGAGAUCGUGUGCCGAAAGAAGAGCGUCCUCUCAAAGGCACGUUUAGUGGUCAUAUUGUCUUGGCAAACGGAUCCGCGGUCCGUCUUGAGAAUGUGACUAAGUCAUCAACUCUCAAUGGAUGUACUGUUUUAGUUGGUGGAAACUUGGCGGGGACGAGUUAG